AUGUCGCCUCUUAGACCGCAUUGUUUAGCACGGGAUAGGCUAAGGCUAUGGGUACCAGGAAUAUCACGGUCUCUGUUAGAUCAUGCAGGUUCACCAGUAACAAUAUCCGAGAAUGACCUCGACCGCAUACUGACUGUGAUCGCGCACUCCCACGCUCCCAGCACCAGAGAAUCCUACGGCUCAGGUCUUCUGGUGUUUUACGUCUUUUGUGACUCCAGGAAUGUCCCAGAGUCCCAACACUGCCCAGCAUCUUCAAUCCUGAUUCUCGCGUUCAUCGCUUCCUGUGCCGGGCUAUAUUCGGGAAAAACACUCAAGAACUACUUAUAUUCCAUGAGAGCUUGGCACCUGUUACACGGCCAAGCUUGGCGAGUCGAACAAGAUCAGAUAUCCUUAGCACUAGAAGGAGGUAAACAUCUCGCUCCUGCAGCUUCCACACGUCCAAAAUGGGAACCCUUCACCAUGUCACUCAUCAUUCGCCUCCACUCAGCGCUAGAUCUAUCCACAUCUCUACACGCUGCAGUAUACGCAUGUCUCACCACUUCUUUCUUCACGCUCGCGCGCACUGGCAAGUUUACGGUACCCUCUCUGCGAAGCUUCAAUCCGCUGGUACACGUACGAGUAAGUGACAUGAGAGACGAAACAGAUUGCAAUGGUUUCCGUGUGACCAUUGUAGAAACAACGAUACUGAGAGGAACAAAUGAUGCUCCAGACUGUAUCUAUAAAUGUUGA